AUGACACAGUUGAACGUAGCCAUUGUCGGAACAGGUAUCUUUGCCACUGACACCCACUUGCCUACAAUUGAGAAACUCGCUCAUAUAAUCAAACCAUUUGCCGCAUACAAUAGAACCAAAUCUAAAUCUGAGGCGUUCGCUACAAAAGCUGGAAUCCCUUCAGAUAAAGUCUACAGCCUGCUCGAAGAGGCAUUCAAGGAUCCUCAAGUUCAGUUUGUGGAUGCGCUUUUACCAGUCCAGUUCAAUUUGGAGGCGGUAAAGUUGGCUAUCGCCAACGACAAGCCCAUAUGUUUUGAAAAACCCCUUGCGGCAAAUUUGCAACAAGCGAAGGAGAUUGUGCAAUUGAGCGAAUCCACAAAGUUGCCAAUCGGAGUGUUGGAGAAUUGGUCGUUCCGUCACGCGAUUCACAUUUUGCAAAAGGAAAUCUUGCCUCAAUUGGGCGACGUGAUUGGGUUCACUUAUCACGCCACGGGUCCCUGGAACGAAAAUAACAAGUAUUUAGCUACUGGCUGGAGAUUGAAGCCCGAGCAUAUUGGAGGGUUCUUGAGCGAUGGUGGUGUCCACCAACUUGCAUUAUUGACCGAUGUUUUGGGCGAUGUCGCCUCGGUUUCUGCGCUUACUAAACAAGUGCAAGAACAGAGCGGCACCGAUGAUAUCUUAUUCUCUACGUUUAAAUUAAAAUCUGGAGUCAUUGGUACUUUCACUUACGGCUCAGCAUUUGGUGCCACCGACAAAUCGACAUUCUUCACCAUUUUUGGAACUAAAGGCUCAGUGGUUUACGAUUGGAGUCCCGCGUUGAGCAAACCUACAAUCACAUACCAAUUGGGCACUAGUGGUCAGAGCAGCAGCGGGAAAAAGACGAUUGAAGUUGAUGAAGUCGACACCUUUGCUGAGGAGUUUACGAAUUUCGCCGAGGCCGUGCUAAAGAACGACAAGAGCAUAGUCAAAGUGACACCAAGAAAAGCGUUCCAGCAUUUGGCCAUUGUUGCAGCAGCUUUGGAAAGUUCCAAGAAUGGCGGAUCAAAUGUCGAGGUGGAAUCCGCUUAA